AUGGCUACAGAACGAAAGGGCCUUCUCCUCAAGGCAGAUCCGAUCUCUGCUGCUUUUCGAGACGAAGUCAAGAAAGAUCUCGAGGCGUGCUCGUCUCGACCCAAGCUUGUUGGAAUCCUGGCAACAUCAUCCGCCCCGAGUAACAACUACGCCGAAUUCACAAGGAAGCAAUGCGAGGAGCUUGGAUUUGAAUUUGUUUUGAAGAAGACGGGGGCAGCGUUGUCGUCCGACCUGGCCGCCGGGGAGGGUGUCGAGGAAGCGAUCAUUGAUGCUAACGAGGACGAUAGCGUGCAUGGUAUCAUGGUCUAUUACCCAAUAUUUGGAGUUCAGCAGGAUCACUACCUGCAGCAGGUCGUUUCACCUCUAAAGGAUGUCGAAGGAUUACAUUUCAAGUUCCACUAUAAUCUAUACCACAAGUAUGAACCUCCCCCAGGAACUGUCAAGUCGAUUAUUCCGUGCACCCCGCUGGCCAUCGUCAAAUGCUUAGAAUUUGUUGGCGUGUAUAACACGAUUCUGCCUUACGGUGACCGCGCUUAUGGGAAAACAAUCACCGUAAUCAACCGCUCGGAGGUUGUUGGAAGGCCUCUUGCGGCCCUUCUAGCCAACGACGGAGCUCGCGUCCUAUCCGUUGACAUUGACUCUAUCCACGUACCAUACUUUAGCACAUUGGCUCAAAAAUACCACCCCCGGCAUAUCGUUCACCCCAGCAAUUUGACUUUGGAAGAAUGCCUUGCCAUCUCGGAUGUCGUGGUCUCUGCUGUCCCCAGUCCGAGUUACAAAGUGAAAACUGCCCUCUUGAAGGACGGCUGCAUCUGCUUGAACGUCGCCUCUGACAAGAACUUUGAAAAAGACGUUCGAGACAAGGCAUCCCUAUACAUCCCUGCUGUCGGAAAAGUUACCAUCCUUAUGUUACUUCGGAAUUUGUGA